AUGGCCGACCGGCCAUCUCGCGGUGGACGAUCAUCCAGAGAAUACUUUAAUGUGCCUUUAAAUUCGGAAUCGGAGGUUGGUGGGUAUUCGAAUGUUAACGUACCGGCGAAUGUGAAGGCGGUUGUUUCGAUCCUUUCUUCCACAGGAGCAGAAAAACAACAGUCGCUACGUUCUUUAACUACAACUCCUCCUGUUUCUGAAGUUAACGUUCAAAUGAAAGCAGCGAUCCGACUGAUUGGAGAUAACCUUGAAUUCACUGAAUAUGUUCAGGAAUAUCUCUCAGAAACAAAUACCAAUUUUUGUGUGAUUGCUGCUAUUGGGCUUCAAGGUACCGGAAAAUCCACAUUAUUGAGUAUGCUUGCUGGUAAUGACCAUCAAGACAUGUACAGGAAACGUUGUUUACAGAAAAACGGUUUGCUUUAUAGACAGUAUGCAUUUCGACCUGCAUCUCGAGAAGCGGUUGAGUCUUGUCGAUUUCAGACUUCUAAGAUCAGCAUUUAUGUUACGAAAAACCGGUCAAUAUUGUUGGAUUGCCAAGCUAUGUUGUCGGCGUCAAUAGUGGAUGAAUUACUUCAGAGCGGGAGGCGUGGGACAAUCUCAAAGCUAGCUGACCUAUGUGACGGAAACUUAGAAUUGCAAACCGAAAUAGAGUCAAUUCAACUAGUUUCCUUCUUGAUGCAAAUUUGCCAUACGAUACUCCUGUGUGUUGAUUGGUUUAUUGAUAUCGAUGUUAUUCGUCACAUACGUACUUCUGAAAUGCUUCGGUCAACAUCACUUCCUUUUACUGCAGUUUCUGAUGCUGCUCGGUUCAAACCAAACCGUACAGUCAACCUAGAUUGGAACGUAGAUUUUGUUGUUAUAGUUGUCGUUCACCAAAGGGCUAAAUCUGAGGAUUUUUAUCCCGAUGUUCUUAACAGGAGGAGCCAGAUUCUGAGGCAGCUUUUUGCGGAUUCCAAGUUGGAUGUUAAUGGCAGUGUAUCAUUAGGUGGGAUGCGAAGAUUUGGGUUUAUUUAUCCAUCUAAGGAUAGCUUUGAAUUGCAUGAUCCAAUAGUUGACUACGGAGCUGUGAUACGUGAGUUGAGAAUAAAGCUCCCUUCACUGUAUCGUGAUCAAUUUGUUACUGGCGACCAGCUACUCUCUGAAAAGCAGUGGUAG